CAGGUUCCUUUUCAUAGGCUAUGCACAGCCACAGAGACAGUUGCCUCAUCAGUUGCCCCCAAUGCAAACAACUUUUGGUGAUGGUCUUAAUUCUGAAAUAGUGCCUGGGGUAGAAAAAUGGCUAGCAAAUGCUAGCCAGAAAGAACGUGACACUGCAGCAAAGUUCAUGCGUACAAUCAGUUCACAGGGUCAAAGAGAUGAUCCUGCAACCAAAGCCUCUACUCACUCAUCAAGAGUGAGAUCAGCUGUAAUGACACCAAGCAGACAACAAAGAAUGCAAGAAAAGGAAACAGCUCAACUGUACAAACAACUAGAGAGGUCAUCUAAGGAAUUACCCCAGCCAACUUAUUCAAGAAAGCCUUCCGAUGGGAAAGGAGGAGGAGGAGGAGGAGGGAGGAGAUUAAGACGCUCAAGCUCUGAUGUCUCAAAUGCAAAAGGUUCAAUGUUCACACCAACAAGACAUAUGCCAUCGCAUUUUACUGUUCAUCCUGAGUGGGCCUCUGAAGGACAACAUUAAUCUAAUAAUGACAACAUAAUUAUUUUCUUUAUAUUGUGUAGCAAUCUGUUACUGUAUCAUCGUUUGUGUCAAGUAGAUAUUUGCACUGGCAUUGUGCUUAGAAUUGUAUUUGACUAACAAAGUUUUUUUCAAAAAUUACAAAAAUAAUAUAUAAA